GUCCUAGAUUGUAGACAUUAAUUCUCUUUUAAUUAUAAUUUUAGACUAUAUAAUGAAAUAUGUUUUUCUCACGUUGAUCUUUACAAUUCUGUGUGCCAAGGUGUCUGGAGUGGAAGAUGAAGAGGGUAUAGUAGAGGAGGAUAUUUCCAACUACACAAAAUCUGGAGAUAUUUAUUUUAAAACAAUAUGGAAACCAAGGGACUGUAUAGGCCCAGUAGUAGAAGAGGACUCAGUAACCAUGAACCUAGAGUAUAGAGGGGAAACAGAAGGAGUCAAGGAUAUUGAAAAAGCAAUUACAGUCAGGAUGGGAAGGGGACAGACGAUUACGCUCAAUGGAAAUGGAAUGCUAGGAAUGUGUCUUGGAGAGAGACGCAGUUUGAUAAUUCCUAAACACAAAAUAAGAUCUGAGUUUAAAGUCCUUUUGCCCGAUAUAUCUGAGAUAAGUACCUACCUGGAGGCAGAGUUAGUAAAUUUGAAUGGAUUACGAUGGGAAAAGUUUCAAUCAGGAUUAGUUCUCGGAGUUCUAGAGGAGGCUGAUGACGAGAGUUGUGAGCGAGUGGUGAUAGAUGGUGACGUCUUGGCUGUCGAGUACGAGGGUUCUCUGGAGAACGGAACAGUGUUUGAUUCCAGCGCUGCUCGAAAUGCUCCUUUUGGACCCUUCACACAGGGACACCAUCAGAUCAUUGCAGGAUACGAGGAGGCUCUGGCAGGAAGAUGUUUAGGAGACAGGUUUAAGAUGAUCGUUCCUCCUCAUCUAGCAUAUGGAGAAUCAGGAAUUGAUGGAACUAUCCCUCCCUCUGCCACACUUUACUUUGAUGUCAGGCUUGUCAAACUAAACGAUAAAACAUGGGACCCAGAGAUGAGAGGAAAGAAUAUCUAUCGGUGGGAGACUGAACAUGCAGUUGAGGAUUGCCAGAUGAUCGCUAGAGUUGAUGAUGAGCUUUAUAUUCAUUAUCUAGCACUAAGGGAGGAUGGAUCCAAGUUUGGUUCUGUUGUAGACGGAGUAGAACCCUAUGGACCGUUCGGAUUGUACGGGCAAGGAUUGUCCAAUGUUCCUGGGUUGAAUAGUCCAGUAGAUGGAAUGUGUCUAGGAGAGUCAAGAAAAGUGUUUCUAACUCCCAGGUUGGGUUGGGAAGGACAGUUUGAAACUAUGGAAGUAACUGUUGUUCUUGUCAGAAUUAACAACACUAGUGAGUUGAAUCCUUCUCUUCCGGUGGGACCACCAAAACAAGAGCUCUAGAACCAGACGGAAAUUCUCACAAAUCAUACUUUAAAUCGUCUUCCUUUUUGAAAAAUCAAAUAUAUAAUUGAUUUUUUACAUUGUUAACCUAAGGUGUAAUCUCACAGAUAAAAUAUUUUUUCUAAAGUUAUGUACUUAAGCAAUAAAUUGUGAUGUUGUUAUAUAAAUUUAAAAAUGUC